GUUAUUGUUGCCAUCGUGAUAGCUGUUACUUCUACAACAAUAGUGUGGAAGAUUCGCCGGGGGGGUGGUGUACCAACCAAGACCAAUGAGCAGCCCUAUAACAUGGGUACCAACAGAGCCUAUGAGAUGAUAGCCCCACAGCAGGAGUACGAACCCAUGGAAAGUGACACAGACAAAGUUCCAACUGCCAACAAAGAGUCUCAUGAAGCCACACCUCCAGAAACCACUACUGAGGAAGCCACCCUUCCA